AAAAUUGAGUUUUUAAGAAGUGAGCGCAUUCCAUUUUAAUUAGAAAGACUGUUGCAAGAAAGUCCAUUCUUUUGUGAGAAAACCCCCACAAUACAAUCCGGCGGCCGAAAAGGAGGGAGGGAAAAUGGGAAAGGGAGACAAGAAGCAAAAACAUCACGAUCGACAUUCUCGUCGAAGAGACUUCAAGUUUACUUCUGAAGGUGAAGUUAUGGAAGAUGGUGAUUUCAACAGCCACCCCCUUCCCCAAGAAGAGGAACAAGAAGUAGAAGUAGAAGAAGAGGAACAAGAAACAAGCAAUGAGGCCUCGUCAAUGGAUAUUCCUUCCAAAUUUCAACUCUAUCAACAGUCUGUUCAGUCCCCCAAAGGAGACAUAAGCUAUUUGCAGAAGUUCUUUCUAAUGUAUGUGGGUGGUAGGCAACCGAUCCAUUUCCAAGAAGAUUUUUGUGGCACUGCACUUUUAAGUCUAGAAUGGCUUCGAAGUGAUUCACGUAGGACUGCUGUAGGAUUGGAUCUUGAUCUUGAGGCAUUAGUCUGGUGCAUGGAGAACAAUGUUAAUCGAAUUGGAGCUGAUGGAUUUUCCAGAAUCUCUCUUUUUCAUGGAAAUGUACUGCAUCCUUCUGAAGCCAGGCUUGUCAAUCCUGAGCCUGAGGUGGACCUGAUUGACAAUUUAACAAUGGAAGAUAGCAAAGAUAAUCCCGAAGCUAGUGCAUCAAAAUCCAUUGUGAAAGAGGAAUCUGCCUCUUUUAACGAUAACAAGUAUUUGAAGAGGAACAUUACAUUGGCUGCCAGAGAUAUUGUGUGCGCAUUUAACUACAGCUGUUGUUGUCUCCAUUCACGUGCUGAUCUUGUAAUGUAUUUCAAGCAUGCUCGUGCUACCUUAUCCAAAAAAGGAGGGAUAUUUGUUAUGGAUUUGUAUGGUGGUACCUCGUCAGAACAGAAGUUGAAGCUUCAAAGGAAAUUUGCUAAUUUUAAGUAUAUCUGGGAGCAAGCUGAAUUUGACGUCAUUGGACGUAAAACGAGGAUUAGCCUCCAUUUUGAUCUUAAGAAGCAGCAAAAGAAGCUUCGCCAUGCAUUUUCAUACAGCUGGAGACUGUGGUCAUUACCCGAGAUCAAAGACUGCUUGGAAGAGGCUGGAUUCAGAUCUGUCCAUUUUUGGAUGCGACAGAUGCCUGACACCGAAGAGAUUAGAAGUAUAGAGGGGUUUGGUGCAGGAAGUGAAGUGAAAUACGAGGAAGUCGAAACUUUUCAACAAAAGGAAUCUUGGAAUGCGUAUAUUGUUGGUGUUUCAUAGUUUUGAGCAUCAAUGAUUCUAUCAAUACAAUUUCAGGUUUGUCUCACUAUUUUCGGCAUUGGAUUUCAUGUCACUGUAGAUAGUACAUCCAUAACUGCAGUGUUGUCUUUCUAUAGAAAAAAAUUGUAGUAGAACUAAUAAGGGAGAUAAGCUUUGUCAAUGGAGGGAUUUCAAGCUCAUCCGAUGCUUGUUAAUGUUUUGUUUUUUAUUUUUAUAGUCUUGACUAUGAUCGUUCUAGUUUCCUCCAGUUUGCUUGUUGAUUCCCCCCUCCCUUCAAGUUUCUCCUGAUUCAAAUUCCAAUUCUUGAAAUUGAACCUCCUAAA